ACCCUGGGCCGUUUUUGCGGGCUCCCCCCGGCGCUCUCCACAUGGCCCUGCGCGCGGUGCUGGGCGCGGGCGCCCUCGCGCUGCUGCGGCCGGCGUGCGGGCUGGAGCUCGCCCGCUCCGCCUCCAGCAGGAGGGCCUGCCUUGGUACGAGCUGCAUCCAGGCUGGGGCCUCGACGACUGGAAGAAGGAGCUCAAUCUCUCAGACCCUCCGAAGGUCGCCUUCAGGAAGGCCACCACGGACGAGAGGAAGGCCCACGACGAGGCAAAGCGCCAGUGCAGCAUCGCGGGCAUCGCGUCGAGAAGGGGGUCAUCGCGAGCCAUGGAGAACGGGACCAUCGCGUAUUUGGUGACCCGCAGGAGUGACCUGGCGCAGUUGAGUGAGAGCUUGCCGCGGCUCCGGCACCACUUCCUACGAUUCUGGCCGUACCCUGUCAAGAUUUUUGUCGUCAGCGACAGCCUCCGACAGUACGACAACGAUACGUUCGACAACCUGACCUGCAAGAAGGAUACCUACCAUCACUCCGAUGGAACAGUUGGCUGGGGUAGGAUAUCGUGCACUCCCGACAACGCACCGAACAAGGAGGAGGUGCGCAAGGUGGCGUCGGAGAGUCUCGGGCCAGAUUACGAUUGGGAGGUCGCAGAGUUUGACCUUCGGGUCCCCGAGGCGGUCAAAGUGCGUCCCGAAUGGGAGAACUGCGACCGCAAGCACAUGGGCUGUGGACCGAGGUGGGAGAAUAUGAACUUGUGUGCAGCCUGGCCUGGCAUUAAACCAGGUUACAUGCACAUGAACCAAUUUUUCACGAAGGUGAUGUACGAGCAGGAAGCUUUGAGGAAAUACAAGUACUACCUGCGCCUGGACGCAGACUUUGAAUUCAGGGAAACUCUCAAAGCGGACCCUUUCUGCACGAUGGCGCAGACGGGUCGGAAAUUCAUCUGGCAGACACGAAGACAUUCUGGCAGCCCUUUUUGUACGCAAGGUCUCUGGGAGUGGUUCCAGAAAUAUCAGCAGGAUAACGGCCUGACCCCUCAGGAUCCCCACUUCUGGAGAGAAUCGAGUGCGAUGGUCAAUUACGUUGGCUAUGCGGGCAUGGGUGAUUUGGAUUUCUUCCGUUCUGAACCUGUGCGUAAGUUAGCGGAAGCAUUCAACAAUGACGGACGGGUGUAUUUGAACAGAUGGUCGGACCAGACAUAUUACGUCCUUCUUUUUGCCCUUUUCGAGAAUCACAGCGCUGUCGGCGAUAUCGGCUUCGAGUGGCCAGAUGCCAGCUGGUGCCACAAAUGCCAGCACCACGGGAAGUUUGAUCCCAUCACCGGGAAAACGUCUUAGCUUGAUGCAUACGGUGGGCAGGGCACUCAGGCUGAUUCGCCUUGGAGAUCGACAGCUGAUGUGGGAAGUGUCGUUGCACUUUUGCCACUCAUCAACGCCAUCAUCAACAAUAACAUCUCCAUCUAGCGGGGUGAACGUUGGUGGCAUCAACCUCCAAAGCUCUUGUGUCCUUGGAUCCAGAUCCGACUUCAGGAGUGACGGGAUGCGCGGGAUGCGGGCCUCGACGGCCACCAAUGCUGUUUGUCCGAUGCGGAUGUCGUGGUGGAGGCCCUCCACUGCGCCCAUGACGCCGCCACGUGCGCGGAACACCUUGGCGUCGCUCGGACGUGUGCAUUUUUUCUCGGCGAG